GUUGUCUUUACAGCGGUACGCGGGCAUCACAGGUGUAAUACAGUCGUUAUGCUAGGCUCGUGCAACUCUGUUCCCCUACACGUGAUCAAUCGGUAAACCGGUGAGGCGAUUCCCGCUCGCCUCUUCUAUGAUAGAAAAGGUUAUUACGCCAUUUUAUAUUCGUUGUCGUAAGAAAAAGGUAUGUCUCAACAGCGUGUGAGAAGAAAUGGCUCUCCUACGCCACCUGGUACCCCAGGGAAUGCUGGGGUGGGUGGUCGGUUACAACCUAUGAGGGCAACCGUGCCUUUCCAGCUAAAGCAACAUGGCAGCCCCACGCGUGGCAGCAAUAACAACAACAACGGGGCCACCCAUCGCCCACCGUCUCUCAGCACCAGCCCUACACGAAGUGGUGGGGGCAAUGGGAACAGCGUGGAGUCCCCGCCGACCACCAAUUCCCGCGGUAGUCCUACGGUAUCCACGCAAACAGGGGCGUCACCUACCCGUGGGUCACCACCACCAUCAUCAUCAUCACCAUCAUCAUUCUCACCAUCACCACCACCACCACCUCCCAGUCCGGCAGCAGACUCUGUUACUGGUGGCCUCCCGGCUUCCUCAUCCUCUUCUCCAUCCCCGGUUGCACUGACAGUGGGUAGGACAGGUUGUCAGCAACGGAAGUCACCGGAGCAGAGAAGCUCACCUGAGAGGAAGAGUCCCAGUUCACCAAAAGGUGAUAAAUCAAAUCAGCCUUCCUCAAGUCCUUCCAGUUUGAUUCUUCGUACUUCUUCAUUGGAUGCCCUUGCUGCUCCUUACCUUUCUGGCCAGUGGCCUCGUGAUAAUCAUGGACAGACGGCUCCUUGUAUGAGAGAUCAAUCCACACAGACUGAUAAUGCUUGGGCUGAAGAGUAUGCUGAAAAGAAGAAAAGUUCUCACAAACGUUCAGCAUCGUGGGGCAGCACAGAACAGCUUAAAGAGAUUGCGAAAUUACGUCAGCAGCUUCAGAGAAGUAAGCACAGCAGCAGGCAUCAUCGGGAAAAAGACAGACAGUCCCCAUUUCAUGGCAACCACACAGCAAUUAACCAGACCUCAAUUUCAAAGAAUGUGCUUACUCCCGUGGCUAUUCCUAUCACAAAGUCAUCUGGGUCACGAUUUCGCAACAGUGUAGAGGGUCUGAACCAAGAGAUUGAGAUCAUAAUUAAGGAAACUGGAGAGAAGGAAGAACAGCUUUUGCCUCAAGAUAUUCCAGAUGGACACCGUGCUCCACCACCCCUGGCACUGCGCAGUGUAGAUACCCAGACACCAGGGGGAGGAGAUCGUGGAAGCAACAACAGUAGCCGUUCGCUGUCAGUGUCACCAGCCUCCUUUAUUACAAUCUCGAAUGACUGCAGUGGAGAAAGUCCCUGUUCAGCAGAUGACACCCUUUCAGAUCCUCGAGAUAAAGAAAAUGGAAACAAUUCCCCACUUCCUAAGUAUGCCACAUCUCCGAAACCAAAUAACAGUUACAUGUUUAAACGAGAACCUCCUGAAGGGUGUGAGAGGGUUAAAGUAUUUGAGGAGAACACGCCCAAACCGCUUCUUGAAAUUCCAUCUUUUUAUUGUCCGGACAAGAACAAAGUUAACUUUAUUCCCAAGAGUGGUUCUGCUUUUUGUCUCGUCAGCAUCCUCAAGCCUCUUCUCCCAAAUCAGGAGAUUACCUUUAAAAACUCUGGUCACAGUCUAACUGUGCCAUCUGGUAUUCCUCCAUCACUUGUUCAGAAUUUUAGCAUGACAUCAAUUUCAGCCAACAUAGAACAAGAACGUAACUCUCGUGGGACAAAUACCCUUGCUCCUCCAAUGUCUCUUCUGCACCCAACUGGACAAAUUGAUGAAGAAGACUAGAAAUGUGUCAAUCUUCUCACUGUGUGCUCUCUGAGAAGAGAUGUUAUACACAUCCAUGGCUUCACUGUUGGCCUUUUUUUCCUUUAGUAAAUGGGGAACCUAUAAACAUUACUAAUGCCAAUUACCAUCAAAUUGUAGCAAGGGCUUCUUACUGUAGUUCAGUCUGUGUUUGUGUAUGUACAUAAUAUUUAUAUGUAUUUAUAUAUAUAUAUAUACAUAUAUAUAUAUGUGUGUGUGUGUGUAUGUGUAUGUAUAUAUAUAUAUAUAUAUAUAUAAAUAUAUAUGUGUGUGUGUGUGUGUAUGUAUGUAUAUAUAUAUAUAUAUAUAUAUAUAUAUAUAUAUAUAUAUAUAUAUAUAUAUAUAUUGCAAGUCAAAGAUUAAACAACAAAAAUGGGCUGCACUCAAAAGGUUUUCUAAAUCAUAGGUAAAACUAUUUGAAGUUUCAGAGAAACUAGCUUUCCUCCUUCAGAAAUAUAUAAAUGUCAAAUGACCUAUGAUGUAAAAAUCCUGUGUGUAUGUAUAUAUAGAUAGAAUUUUUUAUUAUUAUUAUUAUUAUUUUUUCUUAAUCUCAAGAUUCAAGAACUUGCUGCGAUUCAGAGAAGCCAGUGGGUUAAAUUCUAACUCAGUGAACACUUAAAAGGAGAGGAAAAGAAAUGGAACAAAAUAAUAAAGAUAUGGUGCAUGUGUAUGAUUAAUUAUUUAACAAAUGGAUUAUAUGUGUUUUACUGGUUGUUGUAUUACAGCUGUGGGGACCAAAUAUAAUCAUUUAUAUUCAGCUGCUCCCUGUAGAUAAUAGGAAAAAAAGAAUGAAAAGGAUUCAAGUAGAAAGCAUUAGUUGAUUAGUACAUUGGUUGUUAUAUGAUGUUUUAAAUGUGCCUCUCUUUGUCCACAAUAUUUAAAAAAGAAAACAUAUUACUGAUUGUAUGAAGAUCUAUAUCUCAUAUUCUGCUAUAAACAGGACUUAUUUAUUAAGUUGUACCUGGUAAUUAGCCAUUACAAAACAUAGAUGAUCCCACAGUACCCCUUUCCAGACUUUUAAAUCUUGACAUUUGCUAUUAUUUUUGCUGUUUCCUUUUAUUUAAACAUUUUAAAAUGUAAACUACUUGUUUUGUUUAUAAGUCAUGGGUAGACAGGUCAAAAUAUCGUAUCUACGUAUGUCUUAUAAUUCUUAUAUUGAAUAAAUAUGUAUACAGUACUUUUUCUGACCUAUAUUUUCUUUUAUUCUUGACAGCACGAGUCAGGAUAUGAUUCAAUAUUAGGGAUAUGCAUUUGAGUAUCCGAAUGCGGAAUUAAUCAGCUGCUCGUGCCCUUCGGAUAGUUUCGUAGCUGGAUUGAUUCUUGUAAAAGAUCCCCACUGUAAGAUCUGGAUUUACACAGAUCUUAGUGUGGGUUGUUAUAGGAAUCAAUAUGGCUACAAAACUAUCCGAAGGGCACGAGCUGCUGCUUACUUUCUGCAUUCAAAUCCUCAGGAUCCAAAUGCACAUCCCUAUUUAAUGCAGAGAAAAUGAAAAACUUCCCAUAACUUAUUGAACACGGGAGAAAAAAACUUGGUGACAGGCGAAAAAAACACGGGAGGAAAAAACUUAUAUUUUACCUUUUUUUUUUUUAGGGGGGUUUUACAUUUGAAACUUUGUUUGUCACAACUUUCAAAGAUUUUUCCAACUGUCUAGCUACAGUUUACAUUCCCCUCUGUUUCACCUGCAUUAUUGUACUGUUCACUCAGCUGCCCAAGUGGUAAUUUUUCACUUCAACAUAUUCGUCUAUGUGAAGAACAUUGGAAAUGUAAAAUAUUAAGAUUUUCAUGUCAGGUUAGCGCACUUGAGAAGAUGCAAUUGGGUGUGCGCGCAAGUAGGGUGUUUACUUUCAAUUUGUAAUACAUUAAAUACCGCUCCACUUGUAAUCUGGCUCAAUAUUGGUGUUAAUGUCUUGUUUGGCAUUAUAAAGAUUAUUAUUUACAGCAA